AUUUCAAAGCUGCGGGCUGUCUUGCCUUGUAUCUCAUUAUGAGUAAAACAGAGAACCAGCGAGGCCGCUCUUCAUGUUGUGGACACAAAGAAACUGAUACGCGAUUCGUUUGUGCUGCAAUGGAAUCCACAAAGAAAUCAACAAACACCAGACAGAACUCUAGAGCACUGCCACUACACCAUUAUGCCUACAAGAACGACAUCCAGGCUAUCAAAAAGGCACUGGCCAACAGUUCAACUGACAUCUGCGCUAAAGACACGAGUGGCCGCACCGCCUUAUUUGUCGCAACUUGUUUCUCACGUGUUGAGAUAGCCCAGAUGUUGCUAGCCUUGGGCUGUGACCCAACUAUUGCUAACACCGAUGGCGAUACACCCUUACAUGAAGCCACAGAGAAGUCGAGUUUACCUAUGGUUCAGGUUCUGCUCAAAUCAGGUAAAUGUAAACUGGAUGCUAAGAACAAGGAAGGACAGACGCCGUUGAUGAAAGCUGCCUUUUAUGACUACCUGGAUAUCUUAAAAUGUCUUCACCUGAAAGGUGCUAGCAUUGAUGCGAGUGACGCGAAAGGAAAAACAGCCCUGUUCUACGCCCUGGACGAAGGCAGCGAGGAAACGGCCAUCUACCUCAUGAAGAACAAGUGUGACGUUAACGUCAUCGACAAUGGAGGUCACACUGCCCUGUAUGAAGCAAUUCACUCCCAGUUCUUUCACUCAACUGAGUGUUUACUGUUGCUGGAGAGUUCGGGAUAUGACUUCACGAAAGAUUCCGGUUGGCUCGAAAAGGAAGAGAAAAGUUCAAAAUUCUACAAACUUGAUGACGCGUACAAUCGCUUCUUGAAGUCUGCUGGUAUUUCCAGGAAUACAAAAGAUAUUGUUGUGCCACUGAAGAACAAUAACGACCCCUGGCGGAUUCCGUACACAGUGGUCCUUGCUUCCAGCAGCAACACGACGUCGCCAAAGCCGGCACGAACCUCGGCCAGGAGCACCCUCCGGCCUGUGGUGUGACAGAGAGUCGUAACAUGAAGUACAUGUUUUCUACUUGAUAACAAGAGAUGGACAAGGGCGUGCAGUUCUCGAGUCGUUAUUGACCAUCACAACCAUAGCGGACUGCUGGCAUAAGAGACAUAACCAGCUCACUCUAUAAAAUGGUCAUUCCCUGAAUUGGGAAACGUAUGUGCCUGAUGUUCAUGACCAGGCUUCCGAACAUUUCAACCAUUGGUUAUACUGACAUUUACGUCAAGAAUGAACGUGGAUGGUCAUGCGCACAUUUGCACCUAUGAGUGGAUGAGUUUCAAAAUACUCCCGCUCUAACGAGACACCCAGAAUAGGUUCGACACCUUGCACUAAUGUUGGGAAUCAGACCCGAGUCUUAGUCGCGGUUGUUUUGUUUACUGGUCGUCUACCCCAUUGCCAAUAGUACCGUUCAUCACUACAUUCACGCGGCAGGGUAGCAGUAGCGCGUAUGAGGGUACGACAGAAUGAUUAAGGAAGAACAGAUGUGGAAAAUGUUGAUCGUGGUUGCCUGACGUGAGAUUGAGACGAGGUGCAUGUCAUAUGUACAUGCUUAUUGAGUUAAAACCAGGGCUUGAACAACACAGUGAAGACGUUUUCCUUACACGCUGCCGAACACACACUUGUCAACAGUUUCUUUACCAGCAAUGUGAGAAUGUCACAAUUGUAUUAUACUGGUUUGAACCACUGUUGCUGUACAAUGCAUGGCUGGUUUCCACAAUAACAGGGUAUAUGUACGGGUAUAUGUACAUCUGACGGGAACAAUGAGUCAGUGUACUCUUGUGUCCAUCAAGGCUUGUGUAACAAGCGUGACAAUGUGGAACAUGUAUUGUGAUGGCUUGGGUACUGAAGCAUACUGGGUAUUGAGAUAAUAAUAUACAUAUAUAUGAUUUCAUCGUCAUUUAGUUUCAUUUGAGUUUAUCUGUAUUUAUACAACUUGCUGACAUCAUUUCCAUCUGUUAAAUUGUCAGCGUUAAAAUAGAAAUACACCUCCAAUAAAUUCGUUCAACAAAA